CUUCAGGAAAUGGAAAACAGGCGAACGUCAAAACACACGGCCGAGCGAAAAUGUCAAAAAUGAAUGAAGAGGCAGAGGAGGCCCUGAGGCCAGAGUCUGGAGUUUACAGAUGUGUGGAGACUGACACGGACAAGGACAUGGAGGAGCCUGCACACACGGACAACAUGUCAACACAGACCAGACCACAGACACACAGACCUCCAUCUCCAGUGCCCAGCGGUGUGUCCAUGAAGAGUGAUAGAUCCAUGGAUAAACAUCCUACCUUCAGCAGUGGACCUGUCCCAUCAGGACUAACACCACAGAAACACAGACCUCCAUCUCCAGUGCCCAGUGGUGUGUCCAUGAAGAGUGAUAGAUCCAUGGAUAAACAUCCUACCUUCAGCAGUGGACCUGUGCCAUCAGGACUAACACCACAGACACACAGACCUCCAUCUCCAGUGCCCAGCGGUGUGUCCAUGAAGAGUGAUAGAUCCAUGGAUAAACAUCCUACCUUCAGCAGUGGACCUGUCCCAUCAGGACUAACAGUAAAGGCUGAUCUGACCCAGGAUCAGUCCAGGUGUGGAGUGUGUGAGCAGGUAUUGAGGGACCCAGUCAUCACCACCUGUGGACACAGUUUCUGCAGGCAGUGCAUCAGCAGCUACUGGGAGCAGCCUGGACUACCAGGAGCCCAAGCCUGUCCCCAGUGUGGAAAGAGAUACAAGUGCCACUCACUUCAGCGUAAUGUCAGUGGAGACAAUGAUGUCCUGAGCAAAGAUAUAGAUGACCAUAAAAGCAGUCUGAAGAUGAGGUUUGAGAACAUAUCUGAAGGUAUUAACAAGCCGGGGAUUCAAACUCCCCUCAAUGAGAUCUACACAGAGCUAUACAUCACAGAGGGUGAGAGUGAAGGGGUGAAUAAGGAACAUGAAGUUUGGCAGGUGGAAUUGGCAUGUCGAAUACAAACCUCAGAGGACACAACAAUCAACUGCAAUGACAUCUUCAAGCCCUUACCUGGACAAGAGAAGCACAUUAGAACUGUGAUGACCAAAGGUGUUGCUGGCAUUGGAAAAACAGUCUCGGUGCAGAAGUUUAUCCUUGACUGGACAAAAGGUGUUGCCAAUCAGAGUGUACACUUCAUAUUUCCAUUGUCUUUCCGUGAGCUGAAUUUGGUCAGAGGUAAUGAUUAUAGUCUCAAUAGGCUCCUGCUUCACUUUCACCCUGAGCUGAAGGCACCGAAUAAUAGUGAAGGAUACAAAGACUGGCAGGUUGUGUUCAUCUUGGAUGGUUUGGAUGAGAGUCGAAUAUCACUAAAUUUCCAGUCGGACAUGUUGGUGUCCGAUGUAAAUAAAAUAACAUCUUUGGAUGUUCUGAUGACGAGCCUCAUUCAGGGAACUCUGCUUCCCUCUGCACUCAUCUGGAUAACCUCACGACCAGCAGCAGCCGGUCAGAUUCCUGCUAAGUAUAUUGACCAGGUAACAGAAGUAAGAGGAUUUAAUGACCCACAGAAGGAAGAGUACUUCAGGAAGAGAAUCAGAGAUGAGAGUAAGGCCAACAGCAUCAUCUCACACAUUAGGGCAUCCAGGAGUCUCCACAUCAUGUGCCAUAUUCCAGUCUUCUGUUGGAUUGCAGCCACUGUACUUCAGCAGAUGCUGGAACAGGACAAUACCCAGGAAAUCCCCAAAACCCUGACUGAGAUGUUCAUACAAUUCCUGCUUAUCCAGGCCACCAGGAAGGAUCAGAAGUACCAAAGUGGAGUAGAGAGAAAUAAAGAACAAUUCCUGGAAUCACAGAAAGAAAUCAUACUGAAGAUGGCAGAACUGGCUUUCAGGCAUUUAGAAAAAAGCAAUGUGAUGUUUUACGAAGAAGACUUACGAAUGUGUGGCAUUGAUGUCAAUGAAGCUUCAGUGUACUCUGGCAUGUGCACUGAGAUCUUUAAAGAAGAAUCUGUGUUUCACCAGAAGAAGGUCUACUGCUUUGUGCAUCUGAGCAUCCAGGAGUUUCUGGCAGCACUUCACGUCUUUGUUUCCUACAGCAAUCAGAUGGAGAUUAUCGGAUCAUUUUUCUGCUUGGAAGAUUCACUGAAGUUGGCAGUAACCAAAGUUCUGGACAGCACGACCGGACACUUGGACCUUUUCCUUCGCUUCCUCAUGGGCAUCUCAGUGGAGAAAAAUCAGAGGCUAUUGGAAGGUCUUCUGAACCAUACACACGACAGCUCAGAGAGCAUCAAGCAAAUCUGCCAGCACAUUAAGCAGCUGAACAAGGAGAAUCUCUCUCCUGAAAGAUGCAUCAGUCUUUUGCAGUGCUUAUCUGAAGUGAAUGAUCAUUCAAUGCAUGAAGAAAUUCAGCAGUACCUGAAAUCACCGAAAGGCUGUGACAAUAAAUUGUCUCCUGCUCACUGUUCUGCACUGGCCCACAUGAUUCUAAUGUCUGAGGAGGUGCAGGAUGAGUUUGACCUGAAGAAAUACAACACAUCAGAUGAGGGACACAGAAGACUGCUCCCAGCUGUGAGGUGCUUCCGAAUUGCAAAACUUGAUGGCUGUAAACUUAAUAAGAUGUCCUGGGAAACAGUGAAGAGAUGUCUGCAGUCUGCUAACUCCCUCAUACAGCUGGAUCUCAGUUACAAUGCCCUUGGUGAUUCUGGAGUUCAGCUUCUUUCUGCAGGACUAGCUAGUCCCCACUGUAAGCUACAAACCCUGAGACUUGGUGACUGUGAACUCACUGAUGAAUCCUGCAAGACUAUGACCAUUGUCCUACAGUCAGCAAAUGCCCUCAUGGAGCUGGACCUGAGUCACAAUGACAUUGGAGAUUCUGGAGUCCAGCUUCUCUCUGAGGGACUGGCCUGUCAUGACUGUAAACUGCAGAUAUUAAGGCUGUGUGGUUGUCUCAUCUCAAAGGAAGGCUGUGGAUUCCUGGCUUCAGCUCUGACUUCGAACCCCUCCCAUCUAAAAGAACUGGAUUUGAACUUCAACCAUCCUGGGGAAUCAAGACAACUGAAGCAGUUGUCUGCUAGACUGGGUGAUCCUCACUACAAACUGGAGACACUUAAUACGGAUCACUGUGCAGAAAUCAGACUCAGACCAGGUGUACGGAAAUAUGCUUGUGAGCUCACAAUGGACCCAAACACUGCAAACAUAAAUGUCUCUUUCUCCGAGGGAAACAGAAGGGUGACACGUGUGGUAGAGGAGCAGCCGUAUCCUGAUCACCCAGAGAGAUUCUACUACUGGUUUCAGGUGUUGUGUAGAGAGGGCCUGUCCGGACGCUGCUACUGGGAGGCUGAGUGGAGUGGGGGUGGGGCUCAUAUAGCUCUGGCCUAUAAGAGCAUUACUAGAACAGGGGGGAGUUUUGAUAGCCAGCUGGGACAUAACGACACGUCCUGGAGUCUGGACUGCGCUCCGGACAGUUACUCUGCCUGGCACAAUAAAGAAUGCAUCGCAAUACCUACCUCGUCCUCCAUCUCCAGGAGAGUAGGAGUGUACCUGGACUGGCCAGCCGGCACUCUGUCCUUCUACAGCGUCUCCUCUGACACAUUCACCCACCUGUACUCAUUCCACACCGCAUUCACUGAGCCACUUUAUCCUGCAUUUUGGGUUUGGGAUUUUAAUUCCUCAGUGUUGUUGUGCCAGAAUACAUGACCGCCUUGACCUCCUAUUCUUUAAUAUAAUACUGUUUGUAGAGAUUUUAUCGCUGGUAAUGAAUACUUAGAAUUACUAAAGUUUUCUUUUGAGGAGUAUCUGGUGCAGAGGCAGCAGAAAUUAUGUUUCUAUGGGUCCUCAGAUGAUCCUCUGAAGUCAAGAUUCUUCAUUUACUUUACAGAUUCUUAUUAACCCUGCAGAUGCCUCUGUAUUUUAAGGAGGUCAUAUUUUAACCCUUUGUUUACCGGUAAGAAGCUGUUUUUGAAGAUGAAUAAUAAAAAAAAAAAAUAU